AUGACUAAGAAGCGCAGGAGCGGUGGCCGCUCAAAACCCCCUGGAGCCCGUGGUCAUGUCAAGCGAGUGCGCUGCGAGGCCUCAGGCGUGCUGGUCCCCAAGGACAAGGCAGUGAAGCGGUUCAUUGUGCGCAACAUUGUGGACGCGUCAGCCAUCCGAGACAUUCAGGACGCCUCCACCAUCGAGUCGUACGCGCUGCCCAAGAUUUACCGCAAGGUCUACUACAGCAUCAGCGCGGCCAUCCACUCCAAGAUUGUGCGCGUGCGCAGCCGCACCGAACGACGCAACCGCGUCCCGCCGCCCCGUUUC